AUCAAGAUCAAAAGCAUGUAGUGGAUGUCAACACAAAGUCAUGAUUCAAACAUCGAAAUGUUUGCGUAACGCAAUUCAUAAAUGGAAAUGUAUGGUUAGUAAAUGAGAAAUGACUCUUUAGAAAAAUUUUGUCAAAACUAAACCUUUAAAAGCAAUUUUGACCAUCGUUGAAAACAAAACCGGCUUAUUGCAUACUGUCAGCUGUUGAUGCAGUGAUGGAGUCAGGAUCGUUACAUCAUGUCGAAAUAGGAACAACAGACGGACCUGCUGUUGUAGCUUUAUUCAAAAGAAUAUAUGGAUUCAAAUGUAUUGCGCAGCGAUCACGAGCUUAUUGUGAGCAAUGGGUUGUAAAGGCCGGGAAAGCCGCGAUUCUGGUAACAGAACCAAAAUGUCACCUUGAAAAGAAUGAUGAGAAUAAGGAUACCCACAACGAUCCGCUGUUUAACAAAUGUUGGAGUUCUAGUAGCAACAAACCCCUUGAUGGUGACUCUGUGUUUAACAUCGCUCUUAAGGUGACAGAUUUGCAGAAAGUUAUUAACAAUGUGAUAGAAGGGGGAGGGGAGGUUGUUACAUCACCCGUCAGUAUUAAAGAUGAGCAUGGACAGGUAGAUAUAGCUGUCGUUAAAUCUUGUAUCGGUAAUGUGUAUCAUACACUGCUUUGUUACGAUGGUUAUGCUGGCGAUUUUCUGCCUGGAUUUACAACUGCUGAAAACAAUUUUAUUGAAACCAAUAUAAACUGUGGUCUAGUGACCCAUAUAGAUCAUAUCGCCUUUGUCUGUGAUCAAGGAUCCACCCCUCAAGUAUUGAAGUGGUAUGAAAAAUGCUUCCGCAUGAAGAGGUUUUUUAUCAACAGCAAUGAGGAUGAAGAUGAUGGAUUUUUGAUAAGUGAUACAGGUAUAGGAAUGAGAAUGAAAGCCAUGGAGUACUGGAAGUGUUCCGAGACAGGGCUUACAUCAGGGAAUAGUCAGGAAUCCAUUAGAUUUGUCCUUGUUGAGUCUCUAAAAGGUCAAGGUGCAAACCAAGUGGACAUAUUCCUAGAGGACCAUGGUGGCCCCGGGGUGCAGCAUAUGGGACUCUAUACUCCAGAUAUUAUGUCAACUGUUGCCAUCUUCAAACGAAGUGGUGCCCAAUUUGUUGAAACACCACAAGCUUAUUAUGAAGAUGAACAGAAACUCUCAGAGAUGAAGAAGGUUGGAUUUAAUGUGGAAGAUCUUAUGUCCUGUGGCGUAUUACUGGACACUGAAGCAGAUGUUGAUGAGGACUCCAAAAACCAGUGUGAAAACCAUAGAUACUUACUCCAAAAGUUUACCAAGCCAAUCUUCAGUAAAAGAACAUUUUUCUUGGAACUGAUUCAGAGAGUUGGUGCCCAGGGUUUUGGUGCCGGGAAUAUCACGGCCCUGUGGAGGGCAGUCCAGGCCUAUCUUACCCAGAACACAAAACCAAGCUCUUGAUGUUACCCAGACAUAGACAACCAUUUAUUUAUGUGAUGUGAAAUAUGGAGUAAAAAUAAAUAUUUCUGCUGUCUCAGCCUUAUGUUACCAAUA